CCUAUCUUGUCCCAGUUUACAUCAUCCCCUGAUUGCGGGUAAUUUGUUUCGAUGGGCAAUAGUGUUAAAUUCAAAAAUAUGUUUGGACAUAUUAAGAUAACUCAAGAUCGAACCCCACUUCAAAGGAAAAAUGCAAAACCCCAGAUAGUAUUCAACAACAAUGUAUCCACUGUGGAACAAGCAAGUGAUAUGUCUAAAGACAAUGUUCCUGUCCAACAUUGUCCUGGUAAAAUACCUGACUCUGAAAGCCCUACACCGCGAACCAUCAAGUGUCAAAAACUAGGUAAGAUGGUACCAGCUGGCCAACACAGUCGGGUAGUAAAUCCAGAACCCACGCGAGUACAGCACUCCGUCAGUCCGCACACCACUCAAGAAGAAAAAACACUUCAUGCGCCUACCAAUGGUAACAGACACACCCCUUCUGUAGACCUAGACUCACCCCAUCUAACCGAACAAGACGCCAGUUUAGGCCUCGUAGCAACAAAGGGACACAAACAAUAAUAAACCCCCUGUACCAAAACAAACUGCUUCCUUUAGAAAUAGCAGCUUUGAGAGGCCACAAACCAGCAAAAUGAACUUAUCUGCUGUGCUAAAUGAGAAUAGGAA